AUGGGAAAGUGCGUUCACAAGGGCUGUGGGAAGGUCUUCGCCGACCCGGAGGAAGAUUGCGUGUAUCAUCCGGGUCCGCCGGUGUUCCACGAAGGGCAAAAGGGCUGGAAAUGCUGCAAACCCCGCGUUUUGACCUUUGAGGAAUUCCUCUCCAUCCCGCCCUGCACCACGGGCAAACACUCCGAAGUCGACGACACACCAGUUCCCGAGCCUAAAAAGGCCGCCGAAGAACCUCCAGCAGCAGCAACGCCCGUCCCCAGGGUGAAGCCCAUCUCCGAGCGCCCUCCCAUUACCCCCGCCAUUGCGACUCCCGGCACACCCCCGCAAAGCCCGUUAUUGAGGAGCCAGAGUCGGACGACCCAGACCUGGAAAUUCCUCCCAAUGCUACGUGCCGUCGGAAAGGAUGCGGGGCUUCUUACAAUGGCUCCAUUGCCCGUGAGGAAGAAAUGCGUGCACCACCCUGGCAACCCGGUCUUCCACGAGGGUAGCAAAGGAUGGUCUUGCUGCAAGCGCCGCGUGCUUGAGUUUGACGAGUUCUUGAGAAUCCCCGGCUGCACUGAGAAGAAGAGACACAUGUUUGUUGGCAAGGCGAAGCCUCCAGGCGAGGAGAAGGUCGAGACCGUCCGGAACGAUUUCUACCAAACCCCCGCCUCCGUCAACGUCUCCCUCUACCUGAAGAAGAUCGACAAGGAGCGUGCCGUCGUUAAGUUCACCGCGGACAAGAUCGAGCUCGACCUGCCGACUAUGGAUAACAAGCGCUACCAGGAUACCUAUGAGCUCUUUGCUCCGAUCGACGCUGAACAGUCGAGCUUCCGGGUGCUGGGCACCAAGCUGGAGCUCACGCUUGUCAAGGCGGAUCAGACUGGGUGGCCGGUGCUGCGCAAGGAUGAUAAGUGGACUGGCCAGCGCAUCCAGGUUGGUAAUGCUGGUCGGGCAUGA